AUGGUUUCGGAGAGAGGACAAGAGGAUGAAAGACGCAGUGUUGACGAGGGAGUGCUGCUCGGAGAAGUGGAUGACAUGCCGGAUCCGAUGAGAGAGGGUGUAGCACCGUCUCCGCCGGGUGAUUGGACAGGAGUCACGUCGGCUGAAAAGCUCUUCCCCCCUCUCUCCACGUCUGCGUCCGAAUUGGAGCUGCUAUCCCCUGCUCUCUCAUCUGCUCGAACAAAAAUAAAGUAUGAUUCUUAG